AUGGUCUUUCCAGCGUCUCAAGUGAGGCAGAACUACCACCGCGACUGCGAGACCGCUGUCAACAGCCAUGUUCAAGAGCAACUCUAUGCGUCCUACGUCUACCUGUCCAUGGCCUUCUACUUUGACCGUGAAGAUGUGGCUCUGGGGAACUUGACAAGCUUCUUCCUGAACAAGUCGCACGAGUGCACUGCGCAUGCUGAGAUGUUCCUGGCACUGCAAAACCAGCGUGGUGGCCGCAUCUUUCUCCGCACUGUCAGCAAGCCAGACCGGGACGACUGGGUUGGCGUCUUUCCAGCCAUGGAGCGUGCCUUUCAACUGGAGCUGACCCUCAACCAAAGCCUCGUGGCCCUGCACCAGCUAGCCACUAGCAAAAGUGAUGCCCAUCUGUGUGACUUCCUGGAGAAGAACUUUUUGAACAAGCAAGUUGAAGUCCUCAAGGAGAUGAGCCGCUACGUGACCAACAUGCGCCAGAUGGGCUCUCCAGAAGAUCGCACGGUUGAGUAUCUACUUGGGAAACUUACCCUGGCUGACAUCAAUAAAGAGUACUGA